AUGGAACAGAGUCGUCAUGAACAUUACAUCAGUUUCUCGAACAUGUUUCCAGCGGUCUUUGGGGCAGUUUAUCAGAAUUUAUCGAUGUUUGGCCAACUCAUCAACCGACAUCCAGUGUGCCAAACCUCUGUACCUGAAUGGUCGAUAUGUUAGCCCCUGGAGGACGUGGGAAAUGCCCUCAUUCAGAACUCUAAGGAAAGUCUUACAAGAGAAGGACCAAAGUUCCAUACCCAGCCCACAGGAGUUGGACAGUACAUUGCCAGUACUAUCUCCAAACCCAGCGUCCUUGGCUGACCCUCCGACCUCUGGUAUCCAGGCAACCUGGCUCGGACAUGCUAGUCUCCUCAUUCAGAUGAAUGGCAUCAACAUAUUAACUGACCCUGUCUUUGGAGACACCACCUUUCCUGUGCCAAGUCUCUCUCCAAGGAGCUUUAAAAGAUACCGUCCUGUUGCCAUGGCAAUAGAAGACCUUCCAAGAAUAGAUGUGAUUUUAAUUAGCCACAACCAUUAUGACCAUCUUGACUAUCGAUCAGUUGUUGAAUUAAAUCACAGAUUUGGGGAGAAUCUGCAAUGGUUGACCCCAGUAGGGAUUAAAGAGUGGUUUCAACAAAGUGGUUGUGGGAAUGUCAGGGAGCUUACCUGGUGGGAGAGCUUGUCUCCCCUUGGAGAUGGCACACGCUUCACAUUUGUCCCAUCUCAACACUGGUGUAGGAGAGGCAUUACGGACACCAAUAGGGUAUUGUGGGGAGGAUGGGUGAUGAGGAAAGGAGACACCAGUUUUUACUUUGUUGGAGAUACUGCAUUUUGUGAUGUCUUCUCACAAAUUGGUCAUCUUUAUGGUCCUUUUACCCUGGCAGCCAUUCCAAUAGGAGCCUAUGAACCAAGGUGGUUUAUGAAAAUGAGCCACAUCAAUCCAAAGGAAGCGGUUCUCUUACAUCAAAUGAUACGAUCUAAAAACUCCAUAGGAAUACAUUGGGGGACCUUCAGACUCACUACUGAGUUCUACCUGGAGCCAAGAAGGAAGCUAAAGGAAGAGUUAGCUAGACAGAAUAUACCAUUGAAUCAGUUUACAACUAUGUCACAUGGAGAAACGAGACAUUUUACCAGUGACAUAUCCUGACAAAUGUAGAGAUCACAUUUAACUACCAUUUCUUAAUGACAGGUUGUUACCAUGGUAACGUGAGAAGAACAGCUGCUGUAACUGAGUGAUCAGUUUACAAGGUUUUUUAAAAAGAGACAAUGAUAAAGGAUUCAGGUAGAAAAUGAAAAGGUUUCCUUAUAUUUUCAAAAUUGGCUACCAUUACUUUUGUAUGAAGAGAUUUACUAUCACCAACACGUCAUUUUCAUAACAUACUCGCCGUAUGUGGUUACCAUGACAGGUCUUGGCCAGCGGGGCUGUCAUAUCACAGGAACAUGGUGUUACAUUAGUAAGUUGUUUUUAUGUUUUACAUUAAGGUCGACACUGUUACUGUAGGACUCCAGUAUGGUCCUGUAGAUGGAGGCCAUGGGCGACAGUAUUAAAAUCUGUCAUCUGUCUUGCUUACCAAGCUUUCAGAUUUUAAUGAACAAAACAUAAAAGAAGAGAAGACGUGUGGAUGAACUGUACUGGUUACACUUAACUUCAUAACAAACACCUUCAAAAUCAUCUUAUUCUAAUCUUUAUUGUUGUGACUUCAGUCUAUAAUAAUUGUGAAGGAAGCCAAAGAUAUAUGAAUGUAUUUUACCUGGGUAAGGUGUGCCGUUCUUCAGUUGACAUUUUACCUGUGUAAGGUGUGCCGUUCACCAGUUGACAUUUUACCUGUGAAAGGUGUGCCGUUCACCGGUUGACAUUUUUCUUGGGUAAGGUGUGCCGCUCACCAGUUGACAUUUUACCUGGAUAAGGUGUGUGGUUCACCGGUUGACAUUUUACCUGGGUAAGGUGUGCCGUUCACUGGUUGACAUUUUACCUGUGUAAGGUGUGCCGCUCACCGGUUGACAUUUUACCUGGGUAAGGUGUGCCGUUCACCGGUUGACAUUUUACCUGUGUAAGGUGUGCCGUUCACCAGUUGACAUUUUACCUGGGUAAGGUGUGCCGUUCACUGGCUGACAUUUUACCUGGGUAAGGUGUGCCGUUCACCAGUUGACAUUUUACCUGGGUAAGGUGUGCCGUUCACCUGUUGACAUUUUACCUGGGUAAGGGGUGCCGUUCACCGGUUGACAUUUUACCUGGGUAAGGUGUGCCGCUCACCGGUUGACAUUUUACCUGGGUAAGGUGUGCCGUUCCCCAGAUGACAUUUUACCUGGUAAGGUGUGCCGUUCACCAGAUGACAUUUUACCUGUGUAAGGUGUGCCGUUUACCAGUUGACAUUUUACCUGUGUAAGGUGUGCCGUUCACCAGUUGACAUUUUACCUGGGUAAGGUGUGCCGUUCACCGGUUGACAUUUUACCUGGGUAAGGUGUGCAUUCACUGGUUGACAUUUUACCUGGGUAAGGUGUGCCGUUCACCAGUUGACAUUUUACCUGUGUAAGGUGUGCCGUUCACCAGUUGACAUUUUACCUGGGUAAGGUGUGCCGUUCGCCUGUUCACAUUUUACCUGGGUAAGGGGUGCCGUUCACCGGUUGACAUUUUACCUGGGUAAGGUGUGCCGUUCACUGGUUGACAUUUUACCUGGUAAGGUGUGCCGUUCACCGGUUGACAUUUUACCUGGGUAAGGUGUGCCGUUCACUGGUUGACAUUUUACCUGGGUAAGGUGUGCCGUUCACUGGUUGACAUUUUACCUGGGUAAGGUGUGCCGUUCACCGGUUGACAUUUUACCUGGGUAAGGUGUGCCGUUCACUGGUUGACAUUUUACCUGGGUAAGGGGUGCCGUUCACUGGUUGACAUUUUACCUGGGUAAGGUGUGCCGUUCACCGGUUGACAUUUUACCUGGGUAAGGUGUGCCGUUCACUGGCUGACAUUUUACCUGGGUAAGGGGUGCCGUUCACUGGUUGACAUUUUACCUGGGUAAGUUGUGCCGUUCACCAGUCGACAUUUUACCUGGCUAAGGUGUGAUGUCCACCAGUCGACAGCCUAUGUUUUGUUUGUGUAAUGUAAACUUUCCAUGUUGUUUAAUGGGAUCUGUUACAGUCAUGGUGAAAUAUUUUACUUUAUACAUGUAUGUUUUACAUACCGUAUGUAGUUUUAUAUGACCUACAUUAUAAGAUAUAUAUACAACAGUAGAUAUGUUCAUUUAUUUUUAAUAAAGACUUUUUUGUAUAAU